UUUUAAAGGAGCAAACGAGCGGAACCGAGUGAUAGCGAUCAGUCCGUUGGCUGCAGUGGUACUGGGAGCAACCAGGGAGGCGGCUGGACCCCUUUCUGCUUCAUUCCCAGGGCCCUCCCUUUCUCACCCCCCCCCCCCCCCCCCGCUCCCCACUCCUGCCACAUUCUCCAAUCUCCGGGAAAAGUUCACCCAUCAUGGAAGGGAUCCAGCUUGUUGUAGCUACUGCAAGAGCUGCCUACAAUCAGGGAAAAUCCCGGCCUCUGGAAUUCCGCAUCCAGCAAUUGAAGGCGCUGGAGAGAAUGAUCAAUGAGAAAAAAGAGGAGCUCUCAGUGGCACUUGAAAAAGACUUGCACAAGAGUGUAUUUGAUGUGGAAAUCUUUGAACUUGCCGGCAUUCUGAAUGAGAUUUCUCUGGCCAUCACCAAACUGCCUGAGUGGACUGCUCCAGAGUACGUAUCGAAGAGUACAAUGACAUUAAUGGACACUGUUUAUAUCCAUCGAGAGCCUCUCGGGGUGGUCCUGAUCGUAGGGGCCUGGAAUUAUCCUUUGGCUCUUAUUGUCCAGCCUCUAAUUGGGGCAAUUGCAGCAGGAAACGCCGCAGUCCUAAAGCCAUCGGAAGUGAGUGAGAAUACAGCACAGUUACUGGGGGAUCUCCUCCCUCAAUACUUGGACAAGGAUCUUUACCCUGUUGUUAACGGAGGGGUCGAAGAGACAACGGAGGUGUUGAAGCAGCAGUUCGAUCACAUCUUGUACACGGGCAGUACCAACGUUGGCAGGAUCGUUAUGGAGGCUGCAGCCAAACAUCUGACCCCUGUGACCCUGGAGCUUGGCGGGAAAAGCCCAUGUUACAUUGAUGGUGACUGUGACCUGGACGUGGCCUGCAGACGUAUUGCGUGGGGACGGUACACGAACUGUGGUCAGACCUGCAUCGCUCCAGAUUACAUCCUGUGUAAUCAGAGAAUACAGGAUGAAGUGGUGAAGAAGAUUGGCUCUGCUGUCUCUGAAUUCUAUGGCGCUGAUCCCCAGAAAUCCCCAGACUACGGACGUAUUGUAAACCAGCGGCAUUUUCAGAGACUGAUGUCUUUGCUGGAGGGAGAGAACGUGAUGUUUGGUGGUCAGAGCGAUGAAAAGGAUCUCUACAUAGCUCCCACAAUUGUGACUGAUGUGGAUCCCAACUCCAGGAUCAUGCAGGAGGAGAUCUUCGGCCCAUUGCUACCCAUCCUUACGGUCAGCAGCGCAGAAGAGGCCAUUGACUUCAUCAAUAAGAGGGACAAGCCGUUGGCUCUCUACGUCUUCUCUCACAACAAAAACUUGAUCAAGAGGAUUAUUGCAGAGACAUCCAGUGGUGGUGUAACUGCCAAUGACUGUAUGAUCCAUUACAGUGUUGACACCCUCCCAUUUGGGGGUGUGGGGAAAAGUGGCACUGGGGCUUACCACGGGAAGUUCAGCUUUGAAACCUUCAGCCACCGGCGAGCUUGUGUCUUGAAGUCUCUGGGUAUGGAGAAGGUGAAUAGUGUCCGCUAUGCACCGGCCACUGAUUCAAAGCGAAAAUGGACCCUUUGGCUGAUGAAGAAACGCGGAUGUGAAACAAUGUGACUUGGCAGCGAGCCACAGGCUGCCAGAUUUAUUCUUUUUUGCAAGACAUGGAAAAUGCACUAUUGUGUUACUUUAACCUCCUGGGACACCUGUGAGGCCUCCGGUUCAUGGGGCCAGUUGGGAUGGAUUUAAGAUCUGAGAACAUUCUGACUAAUGUAAUCUUGCAAUUCAAGAAACUGCAAUCAAUGGUAGCAAUAUGCCAUCAUCUCUUAUGCACCAGCACAGACAUUAUGGACUAAAUGAUCUAUGCUGUAACUUCUGAUUCUUUGUCUGUAAAUAUCCCAUUACUAAUAAUUACUUGUUUGUUUUGCACUGUGUUAGUAAAAACAAAAACCACUGAUUCACCUUGUAAUAAAGUUAAGAUGCAUUUCA